AUGAACAAGAGAACUGCUAACUAUCAAGCCACAAAAGAUGAUAGGCGCGGAGAGGACGAGGAUGAUGAUGUCCCUCAAGAAGCCAAGUUAGCUUCUGAAGAUAUUCUCUCAAAAAGAAAAAUCCUCAAGCCGAGAUCAAGAUUGACUGGAUCAGCCAAAUUUUCCCCUCAGAUAGACAGCAAAAACACUUCGGUGGCUGCUGAUGAAGAUAAACCUAAGGCAAACCCAUUCGGGAGUUUUGCCUCAGCAAGCCAGUCAUUAUCUUCUACUUCCUCAAUUUUUGGUAAUGGUUCUUCUAAUAGCAACAGCUCUACUACUGAAAGCACCAAGCCAAACCCCUUUGGAAAAUUCAAAACCUCAAAUUCCGAAGUCUCCUCCACAACUAGUAAUCUUUACCCUGUCAACUCCUUAUCUAAAUUUUCUUCUAGCACUGUCACUGCUCCUUCCUCAACUUCCAAUGAACAUAGUUCAAUCGCAUCACAAAUUAAGGCUCUAAAUGAGAACUUCAUGCAAGCUUUGACUAUCUCUAGUAAGAAGGCUCCAUUGGGUGAUUACACUGAUUACUGUGACAAGUAUAUUAAAUAUUUCAAGCAAAUCAGAGAUGGAUCAGUGUCUAAGUCUGGUCCUGGUGCUCUUCCAGCAAAGAUUUCCAGCAUUCCAAAACCAUCAAUAGCCCCAGUUUCUGAUGCUCAGAAGGCAGUAGAACCUGCCUCGAAACCUGCAAUUGUUGCAAUUACUGAAGAUUCUGAUGAUGAUUCUGAUGAUGAAAAGAUCGAGAUCAAGGGCCCAACCUUCCUGUUCACCCAACUGACUGGUACCAAAUCCAAUUCUGUCUUUAAAUUCGGAGCAGCUGCUAAAAAGAAGAAGGUGACAAGUGAUAGUGAUAGUGAGGAUGAAAUCGAAAUCAAAGGUCCAGAAUUCACCCUUUCCAAUGUGACUGCUAAAAAUACAAAGGUUGACACUGCUUUCACCUGGGGUAAAAAAGCUAUUGUAGGAGAAAAGAAAGAAGAGGAAAAGAAAGAAGAAGCUCCAAAGACUGGAUUUACUUUUGAUGCCAAAAAAACAGAAGAAGCUCCAAAGACUGGAUUUACUUUUGAUGCCAAAAAAACAGAAGAAGCUCCAAAGACUGGAUUUGCUUUUGGUGCCAAAAAAACAGAAGAAGCCCCAAAAACUGGCUUCACUUUUGGUGCUAAGAAGACAGAAGAAUCCCCAAAGACUGGUUUCAAUUUUGGCACUGCCAAGACUGAAGAAGCCCCAAAGACUGGUUUCACCUUUGGUGCCAACAAGUCAGAAGAAGCUCCAAAGACUGGUUUCAAUUUUGGUGCUAUGAGCUCCAAACCUGACACUUCAGCAGAAAAGCCUGCUUUUAGCUUUGGAGCUAGUGCUGCUUCUAGUAGCUCUUCAGAAAAAACCUCAGACGCUCCAAAGCCUGCUUUCAACUUUGGUACCAUGAAAGCCGCUCCUGCUUCUGGUGAUACCAACGGCAACAGCAAGCCUGCAUUUUCUUUCUCUUUUGCAUCUAAGCCUCAGUCAGAACCGACAGAAACUAAAGAGAACGAAGACGCUGCCAAACCUGCUGCCCCUGCAUUCCUGUUCACACCAUCUAACACUACAGGCUCAACCCCAUCUUUCUCAUUCGGUAAAACUACUACUACUGAUUCUGUCAAACCUACCGCCGCCUUCAACUUCUCUAAUACAGCUAAUGCUAAGCCUGCUGAAACACCUGCUAAAGCUUCACUUUUUGGUAACAGUGGUGCCACAGGUGGUUCGAUUUUUGGUGGUGCUAACUCUGGUGCCCCUGUUUUCGGUAAUAGCAAUGCUGGUAAAUUCAACUUCUCAUUCGCUAAACCUGCUGAGUCCAAACCAACUGAAUCUAAGCCUGUUGAAUCAAGUUCUUCAGAACCUUCUGAUCAACCAAAACCUGCAGCUUCUACUGAGCCAAAUGACGAAAAGUUUGCCGGAGAAGAGAAUGAAGAGAUCACAUACAACAAGAAAGCCAAGCUUCUACAGAUUGAAGAUGGGAAAUAUGUAACCAAAGGGCUUGGGUUCCUUCGUAUUCUUGAGAACAAGGAAACCAAGAAGUUCCGUUUGGUAUUGCGUAGUGAGGGUUCCAACAAUGUGUUGUUGAACACUUACGUAAUGAAGGAAGUCAAAUACGAAACAGCUGGGAAGAACACUCUCAAAAUUCCAAUUUUCAACGACGGGAAGGUUGAAGUGUAUUUUAUCAGAGUUAAGAGUGGACCAGAUCUCAUAACAGCCAUUGAUAAAUGCAAGGAAAGCAUGUGA